AUGCCUUCACAAAGCCUUCACAAAAGCUCCACAAAAGCUCCACAAAGGCCUCCACAAAAGCUCCACAAAGGCCUCCACAAAAGCUCCACAAAAGCCUCCACAAAAGCCUCCACAAAUGCCUUCACAAAGCCUUCACAAAAGCUCCACAAAGGCCUCCACAAAGGCCUCCACAAAGGCCUCCACAAAGGCCUCCACAAAAGCUCCACAAAGGCCUCCACAAAAGCUCCACAAAGGCCUCCACAAAAGCUCCACAAAAGCCUCCACAAAUGCCUUCACAAAGCCUCCACAAAAGCUCCACAAAAGCCUCCACAAAGGCCUCCACAAAAGCCUCUACAAAAGCCUCCCCAAAAGCCUCCACAAAGGCCUCCACAAAAGCCUCUACAAAAGCCUCUACAAAAGCCUCCACAAAAGCCUCCACAAAGGCCUCCACAAAAGCCUCCACAAAAGCCUCCACAAAAGCCUCCACAAAAGCCUCCACAAAGGCCUCCACAAAAGCCUCCACAAAAGCCUCCACAAAAGCUCCACAAAAGCCUCCACAAAUGCCUUCACAAAACCUUCACAAAAGCUCCACAAAAGCUUAGUCGCUAG